AGCUUUGUUUGGCGAAGGUAUCAGUGUUUUCUCCUCCUCAUGGUGAUUCACACACCGACCAUCAUGACGGUGACGGUAGGAGCGGAGACUUCUGACGUCAGAGAAGGAAAAUGACAAGUGCGUCCAAUGAGGGGCCGAGGAUGUGCAGCGAGAGGACAGAGCCAUCCGCCGAAAGGUAAAAACCAUGCCAACCCAGGAAUAUAGCGCGCGCCGCUGACUGGGGUAGAAAAGGGGAGCAGGAGAGGGGGAAACCCCAACAAGAAGAAGAAAAAAGAGGAUCGCGUUCUCAUAAAGAGGAGGACAAAGGGCGUGAGCGGAAUUCUGGUUUUUUUGGGGAGGAAGAAGACAAGCCAUGAUUCUCUCAUUGGCAGCCGCAGCAGCCAUGAGUAGCGGCAGUGGAAGCAGCUUCAACUCUUCCCCCUUGGAUCCUUUCGACGCCACUUCCUGGAGCCUCGGUGAGGACUUCUCCAACUCUUCCUCUGAGCCGUUCGUGCAAACUGUGACCCCUGACUACCAUCCAGCAGCAACUGCUGUUGCUGUUCAAGAAGUCAGCCCCUGGGAUAUUGCACUUUGUGUAACUGGGACACUGAUAUCUUGUGAGAAUGCACUGGUUAUUGCAAUCUUGUUUUACACUCCAACUCUCCGCGCUCCUAUGUUCAUUUUGAUCGGAUCACUGGCGGUGGCAGACCUUCUAGCCGGUCUGGGUCUCAUUCUGAACUUUGUCUUUAAUUACCUGAUAGACAAGUCAUUGGAGUUUCUGACGCUGUUGUCAGUUGGACUCCUAAUCUCCGCCUUUUCAGCAUCCGUCUUCAACAUUUUAGCCAUCACAGUCGACCGAUACCUGUCGCUCUACAACGCCCUGACCUAUCACACUGAGCGGACAGUCACCUUCACCUACAUGAUGGUGGUCUUCAUCUGGGUGUCGUGCCUCACACUAGGCUUGCUCCCAGCACUCGGUUGGAACUGCCUAAGGGACGAGACAACAUGCAGCAUCUGUCGGCCAGUCACCAAAAACAAUGCUGUGGCACUUGCCAUCACUUUCCUCCUGGUCUUUGCCCUGAUGAUGCAGCUUUAUCUUCAAAUCUGCAAGAUUGCAUUUCGCCAUGCGCAACAGAUUGCAGUGCAGCAUCAGUUCUUGGCUAUUUCGACCACCAAAGGGGUCUCCACGCUGUCAGCCAUCCUGUGUGCCUUUGGGGCAUGCUGGCUGCCGUUUGCCAUGUACUCCAUUGUGGCAGACUCCAGCUAUCCCAUAAUAUACACCUACGCCACGGUCCUUCCAGCCACCUGCUGCUCAGUGAUCAACCCAGUCAUCUAUGCGUUCCGAAAUCCUGACAUCCAAAAGUCACUUUGGAUGGCGUGCUGCGGGUGUGUCCCAUCCAACCUCUCCCUUAGACCCAGGACCUCUAGUGAUGUGUAGCAAGGACAGUUGGGAAUUUGGCACAAGGUGAGAUUCAGAGUCAAGGUGGUAAAAGAAGGAGAAAAAGAAAUGAUAAGGAAAAAAGCUCCUCACAUCAAGGCCGCAGGGCUGACAACGAGCACAGAGCUGGCCACAGUCAAUGCUAUGCUGGCAGAUCGGUAAGAGGAAAACCGGUUGAAAGAAGGUCAGAUGAAAUCCUGCUCUGUAAGAUAUCUGGAAGGGGUAAAUGGGGCCAACUGUGGUCUUUAGACACUGCAGACAGGUCUGAAGAGUGUCUCUCUUCAAUGGUGCCAACUUCUUAAAAGUAGCAUACAAGUGAAGGUAGGACUGAGGAAGAGAAAUCUCCAGAAGAUCUGAACCUGAGCUUCAACGGAUGGUUAUGCAAUUAGAAGCAGUGAAGUGAUGGUGGUGUUCUCACUGCUGUAUUAAUGAUUGAGCUAAAAUCACAAACUGAAUAACCUUCAGCAUUUUGAAAAACUUCUUGAGUUUUCAUCUGAUAUUAUGAAAGAGCCAUGAUCCCUUUAUGAAAGAAAGAUUAUGAUGUUUAAUUGUAUGUAGGACAGUCAAACAAAUCUGUUAUGAAUUUUCCCAAUGCCAGAAGCAAACAUGUUCCUUUCCUGAAAGAUUCCAAAACCAAAAACACAUCUACCAGACUCCUGAUGUAGGGAUCAAUUAUGUCAGGCACAUUUAGGCAGGCAUGUGUUGUCUAUCUGCUCUGUGUUAGAGAAAAAGGAGUCUUACAGCUUGAUGCUGAGCUGUGAGUGUGAAGCUGCUUGCUGAAUUCAGCACUAAGAACAGCUCCACUGCAGAGUGCUUCUACCCAGGGAUGUGCGCUCUGCUGUGUGUGCUGGGGGUUGCAUGAGAAAGUGGGCUGUGCUUUAUUUGACAGCAUCUUGAUGAGAAAAGUUAGUUAGGGUUUAAAGGAACACGCCAUCUAUUUGUUUUUAUUUUUUUGAUUUUAUUCGACUUUUUCACUUCUCAUUCCAUGUGAUUUUACUGGACCAUCUUUUUAUCCUUUUUCAAACUUAUAAAUAGACUUUAUAUCUAUACUAUAAUAUAGUUGAAAACAUCAAGAAAUACACAUCCAGUGACUUUAUUUUAAAGCGGAAAUGCAUGCUACAGAUUUUUGUUUUACACCACAGGAAACUAAAAUUAGUUGCAUUUCAUCAACAGAAGAAAUGCAUUGUGUUUGUCAACCGCUACCUAAAAAAAGGACAAUUUCUUAAGGUUAAAUCAUAGCAGAAAAAGUAACAGAUCACAAAGCAAAGUAUUAUAAUGAAAGCUAAUUUUUUAUAUAGAUUUUGAUUAUCUGCUCUCUUCUUUUUGACAGCCCUCACAUAUGGUUUAGGCACAAAAUCUUCAAAUCUUCAAAUAAAAGUUUUUGGAUAAUUGUUCUGUAGGUUACAGUUUUUAUUUUUAGGUGGAAUAUGAAGUUUAAGUUUAAAGUUCAAAGAUUUUCUGAUGCGGUGUCCCACCAAAAAUAACAUCUCCACUUGCAGGCAGUCAGCAGGAGCGGAGCUUUUGUUUCACACACAUGCACACUCCUAGCAAACCUUGAUGAAGCGGUGCAGGUCUGCCCGGAGGCCCUUCAGAAAGCUUGCCGGGUUAAUGAGAAGCGAGAAGGGCGAGGUGACAUGGCGGGAAAUAGAACCGCCAGAGAAGAUGUGCUUCAACGCAACCCUGGGUCAGGUCUAGCACACGACCCCCUUCAGGGAGCAGUUGUUUCCCAUCUGAAAAAAGGGCCUCAUGUAAGUUAAACCAUGCUAAUAUUAUUAAAACCUGAGUCCUGGGAGCUGCCCCAUCUUUACAGGAAGAAAUGAAUUCAGAGGCAAACAUUUCCAACCUCUUUUGGCAUUACAGUUGAUCUACAGAGAUGGUCUUCACUCUUGUGCUUCUCUGCACAACCUAUGUGAGUGUCUCCAGGACUAAGCUAUUGGCAUGCUGCUAGGAAAUGUGUAUAUGGGAGCUUUUGUGGCAAUGGGAAAUCAUAUAUGAAGACAAUGAGCUGUCUUUUAAAACUACAGGGGUGAGAGUCAACAGGGAAAAAAAUGUCUCCAAUGAAAGGGAGUCACUACAGAUUCAGUACAUUUUCCAAUGCAUUUUUCCUUUUCCACUGUAACAUAUUUGAGAAAAUAUAACUUUACAUGAUGGCACUCAGUUUGAAAAUAUUGUAUUUCUCUUAUGAAAAAAAACAAGUAUUUUUGCAGCUUUUGUUAACAAAGCAACUGCUGCUCAAAGUUCUGUCAAGAAAUCUUUUGUGUGUUCAAUUUUUCUCUUUUUACUCUCUUUUUUGAACCUAAAUCUAUCAAACUCUAAGUUGCUGUGCACAAAAGGGCACAAUCAAUGACACACAGAACAAAAAUGUAACAAUUUAAAUGAUUUCUGAAACGAUUCCAAUUGAAUGUUUACAAUUCUGUCCGGGUAACACAUUGUACUAAGCUCAGAUGGAUGGAUGUGGUUUUCCAAAAUGCAUUUCAGUAGAAGUGGAUUUUGGAAGUAGGACAAACCUCAAUAUGAAGCAAAUGCCCCAUUUACAGAUAUAGACGGUGUUCUUAAAAUGGCAUCUUCUUCCCAGAAAUGAUCUAUAUAUAAGCAGCGAUUUAACAAGUUUCUGAUAAACAAUUUCCCCUUUUUCGGCAUUCAAACUCUCUGCAAUUCUUUUAAAGGAGUAGCCCGCCGCUUCAAAAGACUUUAAUCACCCAUUUUGAUGUCUUUUGUGUAAACGGCACAUCAGUGCUACUGCAAAAUGGUACAACAUUGUAUCUAUAAUUUCGUAAAGGAAAAAAAAAAAAUCAUGUGCAUUUUGGCCUGCAGCUUGGGGUGCUUAUGUAUGGUGAAAACAAACUUGGAAAGUUGUCUUUUUAACAUGAAGAACUGAUGGCGUUUCUUUUGUUUGCAGUGGUGUACAAAGAAGGCUUAGAAAUGAUCACCUAGAGCUGCAGUUUUAUGAAUAUCUGGUUAAAUAUUGAAGGAGAAACUACAAAUCUUCCUAAACCAAUAUCUUUCCUCUGUGAUUAAUAAAUAGAUGGGGAUACUCUUGUGACUGAAUCACAUCAAUUUGUGACUGGAGUAAAGCUAGGAAAUCCAAAACAUUUCUUUUUUGCAUUUUUUGCAGUAAUUAUAUUUAUACCUAGUGCAAACAUUAAUUUCAUAUAGUUUGAAAUUAAAUUUUUUCCACAUUUAAAUCCCAAUCCGAUCAUGUUUUGAUCUGUUUUAAAAGCGUUCCCAAUAGUCUUUGAAUUAUAAGUAUGCCAUCUUCAGCCAAAAAAAAAAAUAAAAUAAAAUAAACGGUGUUGUUUUGUAGGACAUAGUUUCUUCAGAGUGGCAGGAGGUCAUUAGAAAUUCACCUCUUUAUUGUGGGACGAACUGUUGGUGCGCAGUAAGCCUGCCCCAACUUUCCAUCUAUCUGUUUACACGCUCUGCCACUGGCUUACAGCCCCUCACACCCCAACCUCAAAUUAGCAGUGCAACUAAAAUGGCGAGCAAUAUUGAAGCUAUUCAGCCAUACGGUUUUGAGUCAGAUGUCAACUCAGAUAAGGAAAACAAAGAUGUAUAUCGGAUCUAGUCGCCCGUAAAUGGAUGCAUCAGAAUGACGCGGAGCAGGUAGUUUGUCUGAUUGUAGCUUCUAUGUAACAACUAUGCUCUUUUUUUAAAAUGGCAUUUUUUUCCAUCUGCUCCUACUUCACAAAAAUCAGAAUAAAGAAAUACUCAGAAAUGCAGUUUUAUGCUUAAUUUCUUUUAUAUAUGUCCUUUAUCAUCAGAAAAAAGCUACAUGAACAUGUUAAAAACAUUAAUUUCAUUGGAGUCUUUGAUCAAUAUGAGGCAAAUAGGAACUAAGUCAGAAAUUAAAAUUUAUGUUCCUGAGAAAUAUGCACUAGCCUUUUUUUCUGGUAAAUAUAUAUUUUUUUGUUGGUCCGCAGUACAUGUCUUAAUCACAGUAAAGAGCAUUUUACCAAAAAUAAAGUGAAGCGACUUGUCAUCUGAGCAAACUACCAGAAAGCCAAAGUUUAAAACUACAAGUUUGGCCAUGGCAUUAGCACCCUGAAACUCUGAACCACUCAUAGGUGUAUAUGUCCCUACUCAAUCAACCAUUGCUGGGGCGGGAUUGCAGUGACCACUCACUGGGUGCGUUUCUGUGCCUGCUUGUGUUCUUUACCCAGGAUCAUAGCCAGUUGUAAAGAACCAUAAAUCAUCAAAUAUCGCUCUUGCAGACGGGAUUUGUCAGCCCCUCUGCAAGACCAGAAAAAACAAAAUACUGUACAGGCGAGCGUGUGUUACUGUUUUUAUACAAGGCUGUACAGAAAUGUAUAUUUUUGUAAUGUAUAUCAUCAGGGCAUGAGUUACAGGUUAUGGUUGCUGCUGUGAGAGUGUGUGUUUCUUCCUUUUCUUCUGUGUUCUUCCUAUGAAAAAAGAUUUUUUGGAGGAGAAAACCUUUGUCUGGAGUUUUCCAAAAGAAGUGCCAUAUUUUGACUUACUAGUGUCUUAAUCUUGAGUUUGUGUCAAUGCAUGUUUUUUAGAGGGUAAUUGCUCAUAAUUGAAUAUGAAAUUUUGGAGUGCGAGGCUGCAUAUUUGCAAGCAAAAGCUAAAAGGAAAGUUCUCAUGCUGCUCCAUCCAGAAACUUAGAGCAACUAGUAAAUGAAAACAAAAUAUUCAAUAUUGUAAAUUAUAACAGUGAGCAAAUAUGCCAAAAAAAGCUAGGCUUUUUUUAAAAGAAAUUCUUUGAUGUAUCUUCACACCUUCAUUUACAAACUGCAGAAAAAAAAAAGCACCAAAGCACAGGGAGCCGAGAAGCACUGUACGUCACUGAGUCAGGUUAUCGCUGACGUCACUUUGUCUGAGUCGUGUCUAAGAGAGCAGGUCAUUUCAAAGACAUCCUACCCCCCCCCCCCUUCUUCCUAUCCUUUCUCUUUUAAAAAGCAACACCUCGCUCAACCCCACGUCCCUCCUUCACUUCUCCUUUUUUGCUUUGCAACAUCAAGCACUUCCCCGUCUCCCUUAAAAGGAGCAAUCUUUUGUUUGUUUUUCCAAUUACAAGCAUGACCCUCAUUUCCCUCUUUCUUUUUGGACUCAUUCGCUCCAUUAGUUGUCUUCCAGAAUAAAUCCCCACUCCCUUUAAAUGUGCAUUUUUUCUGUAUUUCUUAUUUUUGGCUAACAUCUAUAACACUCUCCCUGCAGGAAGCUAGUCGGUCAGAUGAUGUCUAAAAAUAGUCUGCCCAAAAGCAGAUUUAAAUAAACCUAAAGGUAGUAGAAAAACUCAAAGGACAUGGAAGGUAGUUUAAAUGAAAAAAAAAAGUCUUAUUUUUGUGCAGACAGGGGCAUUGGUUGUCUUAUUCUCCACCAAGGUUUGAUUUCCUCUAGCCUCCUUUUUCUUUUUUUUUGCUAAAUAUUUUUGCGGCGUUUUCCAUAUUUUUGGAGCAUAAAUUCCAUGUGAGCACAAGCAUUUGCAUCAAGAUUUUUGUUGAUGUUUUAAAGCAGGGUUUGGGGCGAGUGCCUAAAGCAAAUAUUGAGCAGCCCAACCGUGGCUCUGUCAGGCGUUGCUAAUGUUCUCUGUCCACAAAGCAGGGAUUGUCAAAAAAAAAUCUAGAAUCAUUAUAGAGCUAAUUUUCUAUCGGACCAAGUAUGGCCUUCAUAGAGAAGCAUUGUUUUUAUGCAUAGAUGUUGUUUAUCGGACGAGAAGCUAAGUUCAGACUGAGAAGCAGCACGUAUGCAAGAACAACUCUUGACCAUUGGGUAAUGAUACUGUGAUGUCAGAGACCUGAAGACAGCGUCUUUGAAUCAUGUCUUUUUACCGCUUUGAUUUCUUCUGUGUUUUCUUUACUUUUGUCUUGUGACACGGUCAAAUAAAAGUACAAUGCACUUUAUAAGAUGGACAUAUUACACAUUGCACUUGUAAAUGUUGAAUGUAAAACUUUAAAGAGAAAGAUUUAUUUUUAUUAUUGUAAAUAGAUGAGUAAAGAAUGAGAAAAGUACUGCAAAAAAAGAGACAUUUGCCAAAUAAACUGCAAACAACAUAA